UCCUGUCCCCUUGGGCAUCAGAAGCUGUGUGGGCUUUGGAGCAGCUGGGUUGCGUUUGGUUCAGGGUCCCUCAUUGCCCCGACCCUAGUGUCAGGAGUAUCAGCCCCAAUAAUCCUGGCUCCUGUGUGAGAGAUUGUCCCCUCCAUGCCCACUCCCAGGGGAAGCAGGUUCAGGGAUAUAACAGUGGUGCUGUUCUUUCCACAUCCAAGGUCUCAUCUUGCCCAUGUUGUGCCUUGGCCAGAGUGGAAGGGCCCAGGCAGGAACAGUGGUUACCAGAGUUGUGGGUCUGGGUGCGUCUGCUGUUAGUGCCUGCAGAGUACUCCUCCUCAGGGUUUGAAGCAGCCAGCCAAGGACUCUCAGGCUACUUCCUCUGCCUCCUUUUGGCCCAAGUAGAGCAUCUGAUCCACAGAGCAGGGUGAGCUGAGCCCACCAGCCAGGAGCUUUGUGGACAGAGCCCUUGGGGAGCUGGAGCUCUGCUGGGUCCUUUCUCUCCCAAGUCCUAGUGACCUGCCAUGUGGCAGCUGCAGUUUGAGCUCUGCCUGGGGUCCUCAGUGUCACUAGAGCUCCCGUUCUGAGCAGUGUGUUCCUGUCCUGCCCUGGGGUAGAAGGAUGAAAUGGGCCAUUUAGGAGACUUAGUUGUACCCUAGAGAGUGCAGCAAAGCACUCAGCUCCUCCCUGGAGGUGGCACCUUUACUGCAGGUGAAUGUGUCCUGGGAUCUUGUACCAGCCAGAGCCCAGUCCCUGCAAGGUGUGGAAGGAGCCUCUCUGUGUGCGUGACUCGGAUCCUGGCUCUGGAAGCAGUAAUUGCACAGCCCUUAAUGAACAAGAUCAGCACUUGGUUCAUUGCUCCCCUGACAGGAUUUCCAGUCUCCAAAGCUCACGUGAGUUCUUGGGUAGAGCGAGGGGAGAAGCUGUGGGUCCCAGAUCUCCAGGGCUGUGAGGAAGGGGAGAUUGCUCACCUGUGUGGGAGACAUUGACUAUCAGCCAAAUUUCUGUCUCAUCAUUGUAUGUGUCAGUUGUGCAUUUUCAUCAAGUCUCACUGUCCCUUCAGCCUAUCUUCAACUCCAGUCAGAGGGAAGGGGGGGGGGGCGGUGUUACCCAGGUUUCCUUCUACCUGAAGCCCUGGGUAACUUAUUUCUGUGUGAGAUGGUGUUGGGAAGUAACUUCAGGGAGACGUGUCCUCCCACCAGUAGGUGACUGGCACAAACAGGACCACAUAAGAGCUUUCACUUAAACUUUAACAUUAUUUCAUGUCAGUUACUUACACUUGUCUACAACAGGUUAAUAAAAUGCUCCCAAACUUCAGUACUAAUAAUUCCUGUUUGAUCCGGCCCAAGACCUGCUCUGUCAGGACCCGGAGGCUGGUGGCUUCCCUCCAUCAGGGGCGUGCGGUGCCUAGAGGGAGCUGCCAUCCAUUUUCAACAGCGAGAUGCAUCCUGACAGAGGCAGACUGAGAGCAGGUGAUAGGAUGCUGAGGGAGAACAAUAAGGAGAGUCUUCAGCAGGCAGGACUGGAGCAAGUCCCUCCACCUGGGAUGUCACUGGAAAGAUCUGAAGAGCAUGUUUCCCAGAGUCCUGAGCAGGGAGAGACCUGUGAGAGUCAUCUUAGCCCAGAAAAGCAGCAGGGAAAUGGUAAAUGCAGUCACAAGAGCAGAGGGGUGCAAAGAAACAAAGAAACUGUUCAACAGAAAAUCCCCCAUCAAGAGGGAUCCUACACUUGCAGUGACUGUGGGAAAAGUUUCAAAUGUCAACAGGUCCUUAUUUUACACCAGAUAAUCCACAGAGGCAAGAAACUCUUCAACUUCCCUGCCCGUAGGAAUAACUUUGAUCUGAACUCCAAGCGUAUUGCCUCUCAGGGAAUGCAUCCAACUGAGCAAAUCUGUGAGUGCCCUGACUGCUGGAAAAAGUUACAUUGCCCAUUAGAUGUUACUGAACACCAGAGAAACCAUAGAGCAGAGAAACCGUUCAAGUGGUCUGACUAUGGGAAAAGUUUCAGUCUGCACUCACGCCUUGUUGAACAUAGGAGAAUCCACACAGACGAGAAACCCUUUGACUGCUCUGACUGUGGGAAAAGCUUCAGUACUAAGUCAAAUCUUGUUACACAUAGGAAAAUCCACACAGGGGAGAAACCCUUUCAUUGCUCUGACUGCGGGAAAAGCUUUAGUCGGCGUUCACAUCUUAAGACUCAUUGUGCAAUCCACACGGGGGAGAAACCCUUCAACUGUUCUGAGUGUAGGAAAAGCUUCAGUCAGAAUGCACACCUGAUUAAACAUCAGAGAAUUCACACAGGGGAGAAACCCUUCAACUGCUCUCACUGUGGGAAAAGCUUCAGUCAGAUCGCAAGCCUGAUUAAGCAUCAGAGAAUCCAUACAGGGGAGAAACCCUUCAACUGCUCUCACUGUGGGAAAAGCUUCAGUCAGAUCGCAAGCCUGAUUAAGCAUCAGAGAAUCCAUACAGGGGAGAAACCCUUCAACUGCUCUCACUGUGGGAAAAGCUUCAGUCAGACUGGAAGCCUGAGUAAACAUCAGAGAAUCCAUACAGGAGAGAAACCUUUCAGCUGCUCUGAGUGUGGGAAAAGCUUCAGUCAGAGCUCAAAUCUUAUUAAUCAUCAAAGAGUCCACACAGGGGAGAAACCCUUUAGUUGCUCUCACUGUGGGAAAAGCUUUAGUCGGCGCUCACAUCUUAAAACCCAUUGCACAGUUCACACAGGGGAGAAACCCUUCAGCUGCUCUCACUGUGAAAAAAGUUUCAGUCAGAACAGAAGCCUGAUUAAGCAUCAGAAAAUCCAUGUAGCAGAGAAACGUUUCAACUGCUCUGACAGAAAAAAUGUUCAGUUGUAGCUGAUAGGUUUUCGAACAUCAGAGAACCAACAUGGAUGAGAAACUUUUUAAUUGCUUUAACUGUGGGGAAAUGGGUUUAAAUUACACUGAAGGGAGGUUUAGGUUGGACAUUAGAAAAAACUUGAUAACUGUCAGGGUGGUGAAACACUGGAAUAAAUUGCCUAGGGAGAUUGUGUUAUCUUCAUCACU